CCCCCCUCCUCCCCCGCCGCCCGCAGGUGGCCCAGGAGCCCGAGAGUCGGUGAGGCUAUGCCGCCACCCGCCAAAGUCCCCUGCCGGGAGGGGCUGACCUUGCGGUGCGAGUGGGGGUCCUGCGGCUUCGUGGGGGCGACCAUGGAGGAGUUCUGCGAGCACGUCACCCAGCACCUGCGGCAGCACCUGCCGGGCCCGGAGGCGGGCGAGGACGAGGAGGUGGACCCGCUGGCGGAGGAGUUCUCGUGCCUGUGGCAGGAAUGCGGCUUCUGCUCCCCCGACAGCUCGGCCGACCUGAUCCGCCACGUCUACUUCCACUGCUAUCACACCAAGCUGAAGCAGUGGGGGCUGCGGGCCCUGCGGGGCCAGGCCGGCCUCAGCCCCUGCCUCCUGGACUUCCAGAGCCGCAACAUCGUCCCCGACGUCCCGGACCACUUCCUGUGCCUGUGGGAGCACUGCGAGAGCUCCUUCGACAAUCCCGAGUGGUUCUACCGGCACGUGGAGACGCACAGUUUGUGCUGUGAAUACCGGGCAGCGGGCAAGGAGAACCACGUGGUGCUCUGUGGCUGGAAAGACUGCGACUGCACCUUCAAGGGCCGCUGCAAGCUCCGGGAGCACCUCCGCAGUCACACGCAGGAGAAGGUGGUGGCCUGUCCCACGUGCGGGGGCAUGUUCGCCAACAACACCAAAUUCUUCGACCACAUCCGCCGCCAGACCGCGCUGGACCAGCAGCGAUUCCAGUGCUCCCAUUGCUCCAAGAGGUUUGCCACGGAACGGCUACUGCGGGACCACAUGCGCAACCACGUGAACCACUACAAAUGCCCGCUCUGCGACAUGACGUGCCCGCUGCCCUCCUCCCUGCGCAACCACAUCCGCUUCCGCCACAGCGACGACCGGCCCUUCAAGUGUGACUACUGCGACUACAGCUGUAAGAACCUAAUCGACCUGCGCAAACACCUGGACACGCACAGCAAGGAGCCGGCCUACCGCUGCGAAUUCGAGGGCUGCGACUUCAGCGCCCGCUCCCUCUGCUCCAUCAAGUCGCAUCACCGCAAAGUCCACGAGGGUGAUUCGGAGCCCCGGUACAAGUGUCACGUGUGUGAGAAAUGCUUCACCCGCGGCAACAACCUCACCGUCCACCUGCGCAAAAAGCACCAGUUCAAGUGGCCGUCAGGGCACCCGCGCUUCCGGUACAAGGAGCACGAAGACGGCUACAUGCGGCUGCAGCUGGUGCGCUACGAGAGCGUGGAGCUGACGGAGCAGCUGCUCAAAGAGCGGGAGAAGCAAGAGGGAGACGGGGAAGGGCCGGGUCAGGCGCCGGCAGUGGAGGACGAGGAGGAGGAGGAGGAGGCCGGGGCCCCGGGCGAGGGCAGCCCGCAGGACGUCGUCCUCCAGCCCGUGCCCGGGGAGGAGGAGGAGGAGGAGGAGGAGGCGGCCACCGGCGAGGCCAUCCCCGCCCCCCAGGGCCCCCCCAGCCCCGUCAUCCACGUGGUGAACCGGAAGAACGCUCGGGGCGAGAACGAGACGGUCUACUACGUCCUGGCCACGGCCCCCCCGGCCGAGCGGCCCCCGCCGCCGCCCGAGCCGCCCGAGCCCCCCGAGCCCGAGGGCGGCGUCAUGGAGCGGCUGCGGCGCACGGCCGAGGAGCUGGGCAUCCAGAUCGUGUGAGGGGCCGGACCCCGCCGCGGCCCCACCCCGCCGGAGAUUCCGGCCCGCCGGCCCCCCCCGGGCCGCUGCCGGCCCCGCGCCUCUCCCCACGGCCCUUCCCUCUCCGCCCGGCGCCGGUCGUCCGGCCCC